AUGCCGAGAACUCGUGCCGCCCGGCCUUUAGCUGCCCUUCUCGCCAUCCUUGUCGUCGGCUGGUGCUCGCUGCGAUACUGGGACUCUCUCACCCCUCAAGUGCCCUUCCACUAUUCCCCGACACCUGACGAACAUGGAGUUGGUGACCACAGUCAACGGCCCGCGGGGUCGAAGAUCCCUCUCGAGGCUCACAUUAUGAGCAAGUGUCCAGACGCGCAGGACUGCUUGAGAGACUUGGUCUUGCCGGCGAUGCAACGAGUUCAUGACAAGGUCGACUUCACACUGUCAUUCAUUGGGACGCCCACAAACAACGAUGGCGUCGCCUGUAUGCAUGGGCCCCAGGAAUGCAUGGGCAACAUACUCGAACUGUGUGCUUUUGAGCUAUAUCCCGACCCCAAGAUCUCGCUGGGCUUCACUAUGUGCAUCACGCGAGACUACGAACAUAUCCCCGAGCGAACCUUGAUUCAAGAUUGUGCUCUUGAACACGCCAUCGACUUCCAAGCUUUGAACGAUUGUGCCUCUCGAGAUGAUGGUGCCCACGGCGUUGAUCUAUUGCGCAAGAGCGUCAUCCGCACUAAGGAGGCCGGCGUCACGAAGAGCUGUACAGUAAGACUGAAUGAGGAGAUCUACUGUGUGCGAGACAAUGGCGAAUGGGAGCCCUGCCCCGGGUCCCCUAGCGUUGAUAGUCUCGUCGCCUCUAUUGAGGAUCUGUACCAGUCUUCUGCUUGA